UGAUGCUUCUAGUUUGAUACUUUGUCUUCUACUCGCUGCUGAGUCGAGAUGUGACACCUAGGGGCGAGGCAGGAAGAGAGAACACGCAGAGUGGUUUCCUCAUUCGGUACCAAGAGGAAAAACAAGAAUUUUCUCUCAGUGGAUAGUGUGAUGAAUCCUGUCAUGUUGGCCAGUGAUGGACACACACACAUCAUCACACGACAACCACUUCGCAGCAGGAAAACGUGUCACCUAAAGGAAACCAUGUUAAAGAGUGUGUUCUGCCAGUGUUAGCCGUGUUGUUAUGAAAGAGUAGGCUAUAAGGAGAUAUUUUGUGUUAAACAUAUCAGAGAUUGCUCUCAUACAAUAUCUCAUGGCAAAAAAAUAAAAGGUUCGCAAAGCUCCAACUUUCGAAAAAACUCUAAGAAACUCUGGUAGAAACCCUAAACUGUUUGUAAACUCUCGAUAGAGUAACUCAUCUCAUCUCAAACAUAGAAAAUCUUUAGCGCGCAGGAACGCUUCUUCCGGUUCCCCGUUGCCAUGGAAACGCAAGCAUCACAAACCGACUACACUUUGGAUGCUUUAUAGUAGGAAAAAUACACCCAAAAACACAGCCAAGAUAAAAACACAAUGUCCGGAUCUGAAGAGCGGGCUCUCCUGGAGCUGAACCUGCGGAGGGAGACGUUCUGUAAGGUGGAGAUGAACCCCCGGCAGUCCUGGGAGAGGACCGAGAGGAGACAUUACCGGAGUCACCUGCGGACAAGCCCGGUCCUCGUCACCGCUCUGACCGCCGGACAGCAGCGCAGGGCGGCCUGCAGCGAGCGUCCGCCCCCCGCCAAGCUUCCGGAGAGAAGGCACUUCGAGGAGAGCUAUAAAUCACACCUGGUGUAGACGGCAACAAAUACACAUGGGACCUGAACACACUCCAACUUUCAGUAUUUUAUUUCCAUAAACAGAGAACACAAUGCAUAAUACAAUAUCCAUCUAUCAUUCACUGGUCAUCACACGAGUUCAAGGUCUUACGAGUGCUGAUCUUUGCCUUGAAGAUUUGUUUGUGUUUGUUUCCACCUGUCUCUAAAAAUAAACUAGUAUGUAUGUUGCCUGUGAAA